AAGUUGCGACAUUCAGUAUUCCCCGGGCAAUUCUCAAUAAAUCAACUGAAAAAUAGUGUUUAAGGAAUUUAUUCGCCAUCGGGUGUAGUUUUUCAACACAGACAACAUUUGUGACGAAAUUAUUGCGUUUCCAGUGCAACUUCAGAAAAAUGUACACCGCUUCUAUUCUCAUGCUUGCAUUGUUUGGACUUAUUAUGGCAGCAAUUACAGUGUAUCGACGUUAUCAACUAAAACAAAAGCUGUUACCGCGAGCAGCAGCGGCUACGGAAAAUUCUGCCAUCGUGUACACAAUUCCAACAAAUCAACCAGCCGGGCAAACAACUUCCAGUAACAGCGGAGGUAUAACACUGUUUCCGAAUCGGACAACCACCCUCAAUUUACGACCGGUCAGCAGCGAUCUGCCCCCAUCGUACGAAGAUGUCACGAAAAAUGCAACACCCACAACUACGGCAGCAGGACCAGCGGUUACUGCCAGUUAACUUUUCAAGGCCUGUGAUACGCGAAUACCUGAACUCGUGAACUAGUUAUAAGCUUUUCGGUUUUGACUUUUUUUUAAUAACAGCAUUCGGCAAUAAAAAUAAACACUGCUCAUACAAUAGAUAUUAACAAAACAAACAAUCACUUGCCUUCAACGGGUGCCGCUCCUGGCUUGUUAUGUUCCAGCAAAUCCUUUAGUUUUGGACCGUUCCGACCGUAGGGAUCAUCAGGCAGAAAAAAAGCAUCCAUGGCCCAGGUGUAGCCAAUGACCCGCGUUUCGAUGAUCUUUUUCCAAGCUAAAACACAAACGAAGAUAAUUACCAAAGCGCGAAAAAAAAAUCAAAUACAUCAGAAGCACACGUACAAUCGCUUUCAGUCAACAGGUCGCGAAAGUUGUCAUUCGAAAUGAUCACACCAUCGAACUUUUCCGUUACGGAAAUGAUCAGUCGAUCGUCAUAGGACGAGGACCAUUGGCCGGGCAAGUUUUUGCUUGGUGCCAGUAAGACGUCACCGUCUUUGUACAAUUUUUCCAGCAACUUCUGAUCGGUACUUUUGUCCUUUUUGAGCCUGAAAUUAGACGUUACUUUGAAAUUCAUCUCAAGAGAGAAUAAUUGUUUAUCUCAGAUAUACCGGAAUUGUGGCACUACAGCCUUGACUUCGUGACCCAUUUUCUUGAAGUAUUGUAUGCAAAUUUCCAACCCUUUGACUGAGAAAACCUGUCCGCACGUGUGUCUGAAAAACAUCAAACUAG